AAAAGAUGGAGGCACUGGCCUCGGAUUUUAUUCAGGAUGAUUGCUAUCCCUAUAAUAUGUUCGAACACUAUGUUGACCAAGAUUUAGAGCCGAACAUUGUAGUUGGUAUAGACUUUGGGACAGCUGGAACAGCUUUUGCCAUUCAACUACGAACGGAUUAUGAGAACAAUAAGCAUGAGAUGUACUAUGAUAAAUAUUUUUCUGAGAAUGGUCGGAAAAAUUCAACUUCACUUUUGCUAAGAAAGGACAACUCGUUGUCAUAUUUCGGUGUUGAAGCUGAAAAUAAAUAUAGGCGACUGCAGAACCGUGAUGACUGGCAUUUCUUUCGACAUUUCAAAAUGCAGAUGUAUAGAGAUAGAACACAGCAGGAUAUUGAUAGUAAAACACAAUUAACUGCAGAAGGAGGAGAGAAGGUACCAGUUGUCAUUGUAUUCGCCGAAAGUCUGAAAUGUAUUAAACGUGAAGUUGAUGAAGUUUUAGUUGAAGCAUAUGGGAGUUGUUUAAAACAAAUGAAAAAAUGGGUUAUAACUGUCCCUGCAAUAUGGAGUGAUGGAGCAAAGACAAUGAUGAGAGCAGCCGCUGAAAAGGUUACAUGUUAUGUUAAAUAUAAUGUUGACUAA